AUGUUUUACUCACUCUCUCGUCUGACAAUUGAAAUAUUAUUUCUCUUCAACCUUUCCAUCCAUCUGGCCUCUUCUUCGCGGAUCCCGUUUGGCCCCAUGUCAGAGCUUACUGGCUCUGCUGCUAUUAUCGACAAAAUACUCUCUCCUGGUAGCCCGAGGAAUACGACACCCCUUUCAGGACCAACUCCGACUGAGACCAGCAACUCAACGACACCCAGAAAAUUGAAUAAAGAUCCAAAUACGCUUGAAUAUUAUGGUUCAACGUGUUCACUUUCUUUCACAAGGAGAUCAAACGACCGCGAGCCUCGAAGUCUGAAUGAAAAGAUCUCCCGGCGAGCUCUAGAUCCUUCAAGAGAUUACGAACGUAGCGCUUUGUUUUUGACUGAAGCUGCUGAGAAAUGUGUGGAAUCGUCAAGAGCAUGGGGCGCGACUGCAGGUUAUCCUUUGGGAGUGGGUGUCUGUUACUCCCUCGGUUACAUCGAUGAGCCGAAAUCAACUGUGGGUGGACAUAUCAAUGUUUUCAGACUUGGAACAGUUUCUGAAUUGAGCAGAAUGGACAGCAUGAUGGAUGUCAAUGAGCUGGAGGAUAGCGCCCGGCUUCAACUUUCUUUCUUAUCCCAAAACUCACCGGAUGGCUUUGCAGAAUAUUCCAAAUCAAGUCUUGAAGGCGCCUUGCGUCUCUCUCAGCCACCUUGGGCCCCUUCGGAUGAUGCUACGCAUCUAAUCAAUCCUGCCAAUCCUCAGUUUACUGCGUCCUACGGCGAGACAGAAAUGGUCCUUAUCGGUUCCUUUCACUUGAACUUGAAAGAUGCUUACGUUCCUAAGGCCUCAAGAAUCAGAAAGCGUGAUGAUGCGGAAAGUCUAGCGGCUUUGAUCCCCUCUGGGGCCAGACUUGUCAGCCGAGGGACACCAGUCCUGGAAUCGCAUUUCUUUGAUCUCAACGAUCGUCCAACAAAAAGAUCGCAGCUAGCUGGAACAAAACCAUGGGGGUUAUUCAAACGACAAGCGAUGUCCUCUAUUUCAUCGGAUUCCGAAUUCAGCUCUGAUACCGCUUGCUCGAACGCAGGCUUGUCUCCAAACACCUUUUUUUCUGGCGGAGGAAAAGAUGCCCCAGCUGCCAUUGAAGAUCGACGCAGGACCUUCGUGUCUGAACCAACAACAGCCCCUAUCGUUCCACCUUCUCCAUUUCUCUCCCCCGCGUCCCGGGACGCAAACGCCUCUUUUGAAAUACCUUCGAAGUUUAUGGCAGCCAACUCUCUCAAAUUGGCAGGAGGUAUAAAUUUCAAUGUAACCGAAUACCAAUUGCCUGGACGAUAUUUGAUGGUCCUUCCAGUUGGCCUCAUCAUUUAUGGCGCAUUAUCUGCGAUUGCUUUACUUAUGGUCAUAAUUGUGACCUACGAACGUAAACAGUAUCGAGACCAGUUUCGAAAAAGGAGGAAAGAACAGCGUGGAAUCCCCUCCGUAGAAUUCGGUAACUUUUCCGACAGACGGGUUUAG